CCUACUCAAUCCUCACCGCUUGUUCAGUUGUUCGUAGGUAUUUACCUCCUUAACCCCCAAAUAAAACACCUACAAACGAUUGCUUGAUUGCUUCCAUAUCUCCCUUUGCAAACACCAACAAAUAUCUUGGCAAAUAUGGGUAUGGUUUUUGGUAAACUCAGGGUGGAAACACCGAAAUUCGAAGUGGUAAAAUCGACAGCCGACUACGAGAUACGUCAAUACCCACCAUCGGUGGUGGCAGAGAUCACCUACGACCCAACUCAAUUCAAAGGGGACAAAGACGCUGGGUUUUCGAUUCUAGCCAAGUACAUCGGCGUAUUUGGCAACCCACAGAACACGAAGCCGGAAAAGAUCGCGAUGACUUCACCAGUAAUAACGAAGGCGGAAAAGAUAGGGAUGACUUCGCCGGUUGUGACAAAGGGAAACGUAGGAAGGGUGACGAUGCAGUUCACGCUGCCGGAGAAGUACAAAAAGGCGGAGGAGGCGCCGAUGCCCGUAGAUGAGAGGGUGGUGAUAACGGAGGAGGGAGAGAAGAAAUAUGCUGUGGUGGGGUUUAAUGGGGUGGCGACGGAGGGAGUUGUAACGGAGAAGUUGGAGAAGUUGAAGAAGGACUUGGAGAGAGAUGGGUUUAAGAUUGCAGGGGAGCAUGUAUUGGGAAGGUACAAUCCGCCGUGGACUUUGCCUUAUUUUAGGACCAAUGAAGUUAUGGUUCCGGUAGAAUAAAGUUGUGUAACUAUUUUGGUUGGUAAAACUAUACUUGUUGCUAUUUUAUUACCAAUAAAUAUAGAAAGUAUGAAUGAUAUAAAAUUACCACAAUUUGUUA